AUGGCCCGAAAACCAAAACGUGAUGGUCCCGGAAAAAGAGGACAGGAAGUGGUUAUGCAUUUCGAGCAUCCCGACGGAUUCAAUCCAACCGACAAAAUCUACAAAACGUGCUGCUGUCACACAAAGACUUUCACAAUUGUGAUGGGCAUUUUCGAAAUAUUCACAAUCUGCUUUUUGCUUGUUGCUGGUGAGUUGAGGUUGUUCAAACUUUGUUUCUAUUUCUGAACCUUUUUUUUUUUGAAAACAGAAGUAAAUUACUCAUUCGAGCGUACUAUUCAAAAGUUCAUGUACAUAGAAUCUCAGACUCAUAACCCCUCUCAUUAGAAUUCCCAAUUGGUUUCUCCCUACUCUCAUCUUCUGAUUUUAGGAAUCAUGUUUGAUUUCUAGAAUAACUUUGAAAGUUUCAGUCCUCCCAGACGUCACCACUCGUAUCUGCGACAAGUUGACAAACGAAACAUUCAUCGCAUUACCGCUGGAAAAUUUCGAACUUGAGUGAGUUUCAACUGAAGGUAAAUGUGACACAAUUUUGAAUUUGCAGGGAUAUCCGCAAUGUGACGUAUGUCAGCAACGCCUUGUGCAACAAUAAUAUGUGGUGUCUUCUUUGGGCACUUGUGCAGGUAUCAAUUAUAUACGCUUACUAAUGCAAACAAAGCUUUUCCAGAUUAUGGCGGUGAAUUGCAUGUUCUACGGAAUGAAAACUAUUCGCUACUGGCUUUUCAUCCCCCACUUCAUUUUCCGGUAAGUAAUCUCCUUACUCUUUGUGGCCAUUUGUUCAAUUUUGUCUAUAUUUAGAAUAAUUUGCAUCGGAAUCAUUGCUCUAAUUAUCAGUUGGAUCACAUACAAAGCUAUAGGUGAAAACGCGGAUGAACAUCUCGCCUACAUAAUCACAAUCAUUGGUUUUUCACUUUUCGAAUUAGGAACUCUCUAUGCAACUGUGAGUUCAUCCAGAAAAAGAAAAGAAGAAUAUGUAGUUGUUUUGCAGUGGAUGGAAAUUCGAUGUGCGCAAUUUGUGAAAAAGUCACGUGAGACGGGCUUCUCGAUCAGCGUUGCCAGACCACUCGGACCGGCUACCAUUUCGCUGACCGAGAAUCAAGGAUCAGCUGAGCCACCUCAGGUAACAUUCGGUUUUAUGCUUAAAGGAGUCUGUUUCUGAUACCAUCUUGAGCACUACUCUUUUUAUUCUUUAAAACGAUGCACUUUCUGUUCAGGACCGCAUCCUGCCGCCCCUUCGAGGCCGCAACCAGAGCAACUACAUUGUCCAGGACACACCAGCUCCGCAGCCAGGACUCCCUAAUGGAAGUGAGGCUGUUUUUGUUUUGAACUCUCAUGAAACAAAUGUUGAUUAUCCUUUCAGCUCAUAACUGA